CUUCCUUUACUCUCUGUCUAUAAAAGAGUCACAGAGAAAAUGGCAAAAUGGGUUUUUGAUGACAUAAUAUAUUAAUGCACGCAGAGAUGAUAUAAGAAGAAAUGAUGAUGAAAGAGAAGGGAGAGAGUUCAAAGAAGAUGAGAGCAGUUCCUAAUGACCAUGGCUUCACUGAAAUUGUGCUCUCUUGGUCCCUUGAACAAAUUGAAAAUAAAGACCUUUUCAAGGACCAGGUAAAAAACAUUCCGCAGUCCUUCGAAUCAGUUCGCCAGUAUUUUGGUUCAUAUGUUUACCCUUUAUUGGAAGAAACUCAUGCACAAGUCUAUUCAAGUAUGGAGAUUAUAUCAACAGCACCAUUUGCUCAAGUAACUGCAUUUUAUGAAUCUGAGCCAUUAGGAGAAAAUUUGUAUGAAGUUCAGGUUGAUUACUGGAGUAACCGAUGCAGUGAUCGUAGCAAGGAGCCUUACAAAACGUUGCCUGGAGAUAUUUUAAUUUUAGCAGAUGCUAAACCCGAGCAUAUUUCUGAUUUAAAAGGAAUAGGAAGGUCUUGGGCUUUUGUAAGGGUCACUAAAAUCCGAGAGAAUGAUAUUGAUGAUAAUGAUGAUAUUCAAGAGGAUAAUGAUACAUCUACUAGCUUUAAAGUCAAGGCAUUGAAAGAUAUUGAUGUUGAUGUUGGGAAGAAAUCAUUUUUUGUGGUUUUCUUGACAAAUACAACCCCUAACAAGAGAAUGUGGAAUGCACUGCACAUGCGUGAAAAUCUGAAUAUCAUUAGAAAAGUCUUGUGCACUAGUUCUUUGAAUGAGGAAGACUGUGAGCUUUGUUCUGCACAGAGUGAUGGCAGCUGGGAUGAGAAAUUGGCAAUGAGUAUUACUUCAAAACUGAAUGAAUCCCAAAACAACGCUAUUCUUGCUUGUCUACGUAAGAUGCAUUGCAACCACAAGUUGUCUGUGGAACUUAUAUGGGGUCCGCCUGGUACUGGCAAAACAAAAACCAUUGGCACCCUGCUUUUCACCCUUCUAAGAAUGGGAUAUAGGACUCUUACUUGUGCCCCAACAAAUGUUGCAAUUAAAGAAGUGGCCUCUCAUGUCCUAAAGCUGGUGAAAGAAUCCGUCAAAACCAACAUUGGAACGGAUGCUUUGUUUUGCUCACUUGGAGAUAUUCUCUUAUUUGGGAAUAAGAAGCGUCUCAAGGUUGUUUCGGACAUGGAAAUUAUAAAUUUGGAUUAUCGGGUCAAAAAGCUUAGACAGUGCUUGGGGCCUCUGACUGGUUGGAGGCAUUGUUUUACUUCAAUGAUUGAUCUUCUUGAAGAUUGUGUUUCUCAAUUUCACAUCUUCUUGGACAAUGAAACUGAUGGUGGUGAGGGGAAGUGCAAGUCAUUUCUUGAUUUUCUGAGAAAAAGAUUUCUAGCUACUUCAUCACCACUUAAAAAUUGUCUUCUAGACUUUUGUACACAUUUACCCAAGAAUUACAUUCUCGAGCACAAUUUCCAAAACAUUUUUUCCCUUAUUGACCUACUUAAGUCUUUUGAAACCUUGUUGUUUAAAGAUGAUGUCGAAUCUGAAGCACUGGAGGAGCUUUUUUCACAUUCAGAAGUAGGUCAAGAUAUACCGUUCCCACUGUAUGUAAGGAGAAAAGAAUGCCUUUCUCUUUUAAAAGAACUUCAGGGUUCAUUUAAUGAACUUGAUCUUCCUAGCUCUAUGAACAAAUGGUCAAUAAUGGAUUUUUGUUUCAAAUCAGCUUCCUUAAUUUUUUGCACUGCUUCAAGUUCUUAUAUGCUGCACUCGGUGGAAAUGGACCCACUGAACAUUCUGAUUAUUGAUGAAGCUGCACAAUUAAAGGAGUGUGAGUCGACCAUUCCCCUCCAACUUCCGGGAUUAAGGCAUGCUAUUCUUGUUGGUGAUGAGCACCAAUUACCAGCAAUGAUUACAAGCAAUAAUCUUUUAAUUUUCUUUGAUAGAUUUCUAAGGAAGUUGGUUUUGGGAGAAGUUUAUUUGAGAGGUUGAGCUCAUUGGGUUGCACAAAGCAUCUUCUCAGUAUACAGUACCGAAUGCAUCCAUCAAUUAGUUUUUUCCCAAAUGAAAAUU